GUAAGUAUCAAGAUUGGGUAUUUAUUGACCGGCUCCUCUUUAUUCCAGAUGGCAGCUAAACCCAUUACGAAUGAAGCUAUUGCUCUUACAGAGAAGAAAAUAAACAUGACAUUAGAUGAUAUCAUCAAACUGUCAAAGACUAAUGUUACGAAACCUAAGAAGCAAAGAAUUUCAAAUAGGAACCAAAGGUUUGCUAAAAAUAUUGUCCAAGAUAAAUCUGCUAAAGUUCAGAGAUUCAUGGACACAAGGUCAUCUCUUAGACAGGGCGCACUUGCUCGGAGGAGGUCAAACUUUCAGGGGAAUCAGUUUCCUUUGGUAACCGAGGCUGCAAGAAAGGCUGCUGUUGCUCCUAUUAGUAACAGAGCUUUUAAUAAAAGCAGGCCAGUUAAUUUGAAUAAUCCCAGGGGUUGGGCACCAGCUAUUCAGAAGAAUGCAGCAAAUGGAGGUGGCUUUAUUGAGAAGAAACAACAGCAGCAAGUGAAGGUUGUACCCAAGCAGAGGUCUCAAACAUUAGACUCACGAUUUGCAAACAUGAAGGAGCAAAGGAUGAGGGUCUUGUCUCAGCAGAAUAACGGGCCAAGAAGAAAUGGAGGAGGCCAGACUGUGGUGCCUUGGGCAAGAGGUCGUUUUGGCAAUUGAUAUCUGCCCCGAUCUGGAUUUGGGGCCGACCACGUGGAGAAAUGCUUGUACUUAUAAUUUUUUUCGCUCGUUUUGAUGUUUAACUAGGAUGGUCCAAAAAGGUGUACUUCAACAAUAGUCUUACGAUAAUAUCUUGCAGUUUGCGUAUUGUCUUUCAUAUUGAAUGUUAUUUCUUUAGUUCCUCUCUCUGUCUCAUUCGAUUCAGCAAUAAAUCUCUUUUAUGUAUUA